UAACUAGAAUUAGGAGUAAGAUUAGGGCUUCUGUCUGAUAGUGGUGGAGGACAGAUACUCAGGUGGGCUGCAGAGGGCUGCCCCAUAGCUUUGCAGCUAGAAGAGACAUCAAGGAAGAAGAGGCCAUGCUACCCACGUACAGGCACUCUGUGUUCACGAUGUUUACCAGCCUCAGCUAGGUACAUGACAAGCAAUUUAAAGGGAAAACACAUCAGUUAAAUGGCUGUGUUUCCACCCACUGCACAAUUCCCACUGAUGUUAAAAGAAACUGCAUGACUAAUACCCCAGGUAGUGUGGAAAAUUUACCCUGAAGGAACUAGUGAAACCCACAAAAGCUGCCUUCAGAACCUUAUUCUUUUGUUGCAGUCUGAAAGAGGCAGUGCUUUAAUUUCCAGUGCUUUCUGCAGUAUUUGACACGACUGAAGCUCAGCUGUACAGAUGAAUUUCCUUUUAAUCUAUGUAAAACCUAACCCUUCACCCAGGAUCGGAGCAGGUUCACAAAACUAGAGUUCUCGCUAGCCUGGUGAGAGAGGGUACCCUGCACCUUGGCUGUUUCUCUGGCUUUCAGGCUCAGAAUGAGAUCUUUUCAAUCAUCUAGUGUGUUUAGCCUUGUGCGCCCGAAAGAUUCAAGCAACACAGCUGGUGGCUGUUUUUCUCAACACAGGAGCGUCACUGAAUGGGCUCUCUGUAUUUCAUCUUUUUGCUUAACUUACACAGUAGGAAACCUGAUGUUGUUUAGUCAAGGAGGAAGGUGUAUUGCUUUAAUUAUGCCCGCAUGCCAUAUGGGUUUCUUCAGACGUAUAUAAUUCUCUACUUUGUGUUAAUCAAAGGAUAGUCAUGCUCUGCCAAGUCAGAUCUGCUCAGACUUGAAACAGUUGGAUCAUUUAUUAACCUGACACGAAGGGCUUGUGUGAUGUUGGGGUUGCGCUUUUGUCCUCGGGAGCACUGAGCGCCCAAAACUCCUGCAGCGUUUACGGAGGGCAGUCGGUUGGGUCCUCUGCAGGGCAGUUGGCUUGCAAAUGCGGUUCUCUUGCCUGCUCGAAACUUUCCUGGACUCCAGUGCUUGGCUCAGUGAGGAGAUUUCUGACUUUGGACUUGCAAAGUGCAAUGGCUUGUCCCAUUCCCAUGACCUUAGCAUGGAUGGCUUGUGUGGCACAAUUGCAUACCUCCCUCCAGAACGCAUUAAAGAAAAAAACAGGUGUUUUGACACCAAACAUGAUGUGUACAGCUUUUCCAUUGUGAUUUGGGGAGUUCUUACACAGAAAAAGCCUUUUGCAGAGGAAAACAACAUUUUACAUAUUAUGGUAAAAGUAGUUAAAGGCCACCGCCCAGAGCUACCUGCUGUUUCCAAAUCCAGGCCUCAUUCAUGUAAUAACUUGAUCAAACUGAUGCAAAAAUGUUGGCAAGAUGAUCCUGGUGAACGGCCAACAUUUCAAGAAAUCACUUCAGAAACAGAGGCCCUUUGUGAAAAACCGGAAGAUGAAACCAAAGAAGUGCUGUCUCAGGACCUGGACACCAAGAGUUCCCCAGAGCAGCAGUCUGAGGGAACGGCUGCACUAUCCCAGGCAAAACAGGAGCCUGUUGCAGCAUCAGUUAAGGAUUACAGUCUUUCAGAAUUGUUGUCCCAGCUGGAUUCAGGGAUUUCUCAGACUAUGGAAGUCCCUGAGGAUCUCAGCCGCAGUUCUUCUGAGUCCAAACUUGCGUCCAAUGACAAUAAGCGGCUUUCAGGAGUUUCAUCUGUAGAUUCAGCUUUUUCAUCUAGAGGCUCCCUUUCCCUUUCCUUUGAAAGGGAGACUUCAGGAAAUGAUAUUGGAACUACAGACAUACAGAAGAGGAAGCUAACAGAGGCCAUUUUAUCUGGAGACACCAGCAAGCUGAUGAAGAUCCUCCAGCCUCAAGAUGUUGAUAUUGUUUUAGAUGGGAACUCCAGUCUCUUGCACGUGGCUGUUGAAGCUGGUCAAGAAGAAUGUGUCAAAUGGCUCCUCCUGUACAAUGCUAACCCUAACCUCACCAACAAUAAAGGAUCCACCCCUCUUCACAUAGCCAUUGAGAAGAAAGUGAAAAGCAUUGUGGAGCUGAUUAUGGCAAGGAAAAUUAAUGUUAAUGCCAAAGAUGAGGAUCAGUGGACUGCUCUUCACUUUGCUGCCCAGAAUGGGGAUGAGUUCAGCACCAAAAUGCUGCUUGAUAAGAAUGCAUCCUUAAAUGAGGUAGAUUUUGAAGGCAGAGCCCCCAUCCACAUAGCCUGUCAGUACGGCCAAGAGAAUAUCGUGCGGAUCCUGCUGAGAAGAGGCGUUAAUGUGGAUAUCAAAGGAAAGGAUGACUGGGUGCCACUGCACUAUGCUGCCUGGCAAGGUCAUCUUCCCCUUGUAAAGCUUCUGGCCAAACAGCCAGGUGCAAACGUGAAUGUGCAGACCAUGGAUGGGAGGACCUCCCUGCACUUGGCUGCUCAGCGAGGACACUACCGAGUCGCUCGCCUUCUCAUAGACCUGGAGUCAGACGUCAACAUAAGGAAUGCGCUUUUGCAGACUGCUCUCCACGUAGCUGCCGAAACGGGCCACACAAGCACAUCGAGGCUGCUGCUUAAACAUGGUGCAGACAUUGAGGCACAAACAGCAGAAGGAUGUUCUGCUCUGCACCUGGCAUCUCGCAGCGGCCAUUUAGCAACAACAAAGUUGUUGAUAGAUGGAAGGGCCAAUGUUCUAGCCAGAGGCCCUUUAAACAGGACAGCAUUACAUCUUGCUGCAGAAAACGGGCACUCUGAAGUAGUAGAGGAACUUGUCAGUUCAGGAAACAUCAAUGUUUCUGACAAUGAAGGGUUCACAGCUCUUCAUCUGGCUGCAAGAGGAGGCCACACAAAAACAGUUGAGGUUCUUCUGAAGCAUGGGGCGCUGCAAAGACCCACAUUUCAGUCCCCACUGCAGCUCACUCAGCAGAGCAGUAAAAGCUCAGUUACUGUGUUGUUAAGUGAGACUUAAACAAAAGGUACAGAACUUGCUUCCUUCCUACCUGCUGCAAAGCAGCUGCUGGAGCUUGACUCCUGGGAGCUUUCUCCAGCUGUGCAAUGGCCCACUCAUCAGUGGUGUCAGCAAAUGGACUGAGGUGCAGCCAGCCAGAAGCCACUUGUGUUUGAGUAUGAGUGAGCCUGCACAUGGACUAAGGCUAAAUUUAAGGCUAAGAGCUGGAGUCUGCCACACUGUGGUCUGAAUUGGUCAUUCUGAGUGUCUGCCCUGUCUGUAUAAUGAUACUCCCUUCCUAAGGAUGAUGUGAGAGUACAACUGGUGUCUUUUUUUUUUUUUUUUUUUUUGGACAUGUCACACAAAUUUGAAAACUAGCAUUCUGCCUUCUCAUUUUCCCUAGAAAGAGGAUGGAGUGGAUUUCUGGUUUAUUAUAGUGAUUUAUGUUUUAGGCUUAAAGCCUCCAUGGUAGGAUAAACAGAAGACAAAUCUACUUGAAAUGAAUGCAAGAGAUAAGGAAAGGGCUGUUUAGGAUAUACUUAACCCUGAAGGCUGGCUAAAUUUCAGUGUCAGAAGGCACUCCUCUGUUUAAUGGAGAAAUACGGUUUACAGACUUCAGUGUGCUCAAAAUGGUUGAGUGGAACUAUCGGUAUUUGCACCAGGGAAAGAUUCAAAAAAUAGCUUAGCACAAGCUCAGUACUGAUACAUUCACAGACAGUACCAUCUUGUUUAUACACUAAGAUCAGUAAGUCAAAUGAGGGGUGCUUAGUGGUUUAUUGUAUUUAAAAAAAAAAAACUAACUAGAAUUCAUACUGGACUUUAAGUGGAUGGUAUAUUCUAACACCAUUAUAGCUAUUUGCAAAACAAUAUUUGGAGGGGCGUGUUAGAAAACUAAACCAACCAUGCCAUAGUACAUGUCCAAAGAGAAUGAACUGUGUUAUGACUAGAUUGAUAUACUGUGUAUAUAGUAUUUCUAUCAGUUGUAUGCUUUUUUUUCUACUGAAGAAAAUAGAUUGCUUAGAGUGGGUAUGUUUUAAUACACCUUUUAAUUUUGUUCUUUUCAAAGUUCAAAUGUGAUCCAUUAUCAAUAAAAGAUUAUGUUCUAUA